CUGUCCCCAGCUCCAGCUUUGUCCAGACUCCAGACCAUUGACACAAUCCAAAUAGUUCCGCCUCCCGCUGUUAUUAGUACCCGCCAUCACCACGGUACGCCCCCACCCCGCCCACGACACAGAGCAGCCCCGCGCAGACAGCUCCACCCAACAGCAACAGCUAAGCUACGCUAAGCGCUCGCCCACCAAACGUACAUCCCGGCCCCGAGAGCUAGCUAGCAGUCGACCCAUGGCUGCGGAGGAGGCUAAGAAGGUGGAGGUGGAGGUGACGCCGGAGCCCGAGGCUCCGCCGGCCGUGCCCGCCGCGGAGCCCGAGGCCCCCGCCAAGGACGUCACCGAGGAGAAGGCCGUCAUCCCCGCGCCGGCCGCCGAGGAGGAGAAGCCGCCCGUCGAUGACUCCAAGGCCCUCGUCGUCGUCGAGAAGGUUGCAGAUGAGAAACCCGCAGAUGAGAAGGCCGCACAUGGGGGCUCAAAUGACAGAGAUAUUGCUCUUGCAAGGGUGGAAACUGAGAAGAGAAACUCUUUGAUUAAAGCAUGGGAGGAGAAUGAGAAGACAAAGGCUGAGAACAAGGCUGCUAAGAAGGUGUCCGCCAUUCUCUCGUGGGAGAACACCAAGAAAGCAAACAUAGAAGCUCAACUGAGGAAGAUUGAGGAGCAAUUGGAAAAGAAGAAGGCUGAAUACGCAGAGAAGAUGAAGAACAAGGCUGCAAUGAUCCACAAGGAGGCCGAAGAGAAGAAAGCAAUGGUCGAGGCGAAGCGCGGGGAGGAAGUCCUCAAGGCCGAGGAGAUGGCGGCCAAGUACCGCGCCACUGGCAACUCUCCCAAGAAAACCAUGGGGUGCUUUGGGGCCUAAAGAAAAAAAAAACGUUCCUUGGUCACAAACGAGCAAGAUUGAAGUGUUCAUCCGAGGUUGCUUUCUUCCGUUUUCUUUCACCCGUCCAAAGUGUGCAGUGUGCCCUGUGUGUAAAGUCUGUUGUUGUUGUACAUACAUAUAUGCUUCCCAAGACAGAUGUUUUGUGCAGUGCUGUACAUCUUCGACGCUUGACAAACAACAUUCUUAUGUGUAGUUAAGAAGUCACAUUGUUAUUGUUGUUGACAUUUACAUAAGUAGUUUUUGGUCCCUUUUGUUA